CCCAUCAUUACCUACGAAUGUCUCUUGGCAGAAAGAGCCAUGGGCUCUGUAGAUGGUGGAGAACCCCAUGCCUGGUCACCGGGAGAGGUACACUCAGCCACCAAGGGGCCAGCAGCAGACCUUCAAGGUGGAACAGAAGCAGCUGCAGAGUCAGCACAAUCACUCAGGGUUUCACAGUUACCAGAGAAUCAUUGGCUCAGAGUUGUUGGAGGACAGAAGCACCAUGUUUCUCCAGCAGGCCUAUGAUGGACAAGAUUUCACGAUCUUCACUAAGGAUAUCCUUUCCUGGAUGGUUAUUGAUAAUGUGGCUCACAUUACCAAGUGGGCACAGGAGGCUAAUUGGCAUGAGUUAUAUCAAAAGAAUUGGCUAGAAGAAGAACAUACUGCUUCAUUAGAGAGGUUCCUGCAGUUUGGGGAAGAUAUCCUGCAAAGGAUAGAAAUUUGCAUGAUCUGGUUGAAAAACGGGGAAGAAAUUGUCUAAGAAAGAGGUUAUGGAGACAUUCUUCCCGAUGGGGAUGGAACUUAUCAGACACGGGUAUCAGUUGAGCUGGGUCCUCAGAGCAACUGA